CGGGCGCAAGUCGAGCCCGCUGCUCACCUGCCGCUGCGCGGCUCACCUGCUGCGGAGCGCGCGCCCCGCGCCCUCCCUGCAGGCUCCGGAGCCCGAUCGCCGCCCUUUGCAGCUGCGGGCACCGGCGGCGACAUGCGACAAGAGUAGCCCGCAAGAUUUGGGAGCACCAGAGGAGCCCCCUCCGCCUGAGAGCGCCAAGAGGACAGGGGUUAAAAUGAAUGAAGACCUGAAGGUCAAUUUAAGCGGGCUGCCUCGGGACUAUUUAGAUGCCGCUGCCGCGGAGAACGUCUCGGCUGCUGUCUCCAACCAGGUUCCCGUGGUAGAGCCAGAGCCUGAGCUGGUAGUCAACCCCUGGGACAUUGUCUUGUGUACCUCGGGGACCCUCAUCUCCUGUGAAAAUGCCAUUGUGGUCCUCAUCAUCUUCCACAACCCCAGCCUGCGAGCACCCAUGUUCCUGCUGAUAGGCAGCCUGGCUCUUGCAGACCUGCUGGCCGGCAUCGGCCUCAUCAUCAAUUUUGUUUUUGCCUACCUGCUUCAGUCGGAAGCCACCAAGCUGGUCACGAUCGGCCUCAUUGUAGCCUCUUUCUCUGCCUCUGUCUGCAGCUUGCUGGCCAUCACUGUUGACCGCUACCUCUCGCUGUAUUACGCCCUGACGUACCAUUCGGAGAGGACGGUCACGUUUACCUAUGUCAUGCUGGUCUUGCUCUGGGGGACCUCCAUCUGCCUGGGGCUGCUGCCCGUGCUGGGCUGGAACUGCCUCCGGGACGAGUCCACCUGCAGCGUGGUCAGACCGCUCACCAAGAACAACACCGCCAUCCUCUCGGUCUCCUUCCUCUUCAUGUUCGCGCUCAUGCUUCAGCUCUACAUCCAGAUCUGUAAGAUCGUGAUGCGUCACGCCCAUCAGAUAGAGCUGCAGCACCACUUCCUGGCCACGUCGCACUACGUGACCACCCGCAAAGGGGUCUCCACCCUCGCCAUCAUCCUGGGGACCUUUGCUGCCUGCUGGAUGCCUUUCACCCUCUAUUCCUUGAUAGCAGAUUACACCUACCCUUCCAUCUACACCUACGCCACCCUGCUGCCCGCCACCUACAACUCCAUCAUCAACCCUAUCAUAUAUGCUUUCAGAAACCAAGAGAUCCAGAAAGCCCUCUGCCUCAUUUGCUGCGGCUGCAUUCCGUCCAGCCUCACCCAGAGAGCACGGUCACCCAGCGACGUGUAGCCGUGCCCGGCCCAGAGGACCCUGCAUUUACCCAGCACUCCCACUGCCGGCCGAGGACUGAGAUGCUUCCCUUGAAUUCUUUGCACUGGAUUCUGUGUCAAGCCACAGGAGCACUUAGCAUUCAUGACGCAAUGACACCAUUUAGACAAGUUAAGUGAUUGAAGUGAAAAUAAUGUGACCAGUGUUUUCAUCAUUUAAAAAAAUUGAGUUUUUUUUGCUUACUAUUAUUUUGUUGUGUUUGGGGUAGAGGGUUUUGCUUUAUAUUUGUUUGGAGGUUGUUGGUGGGUGGGAAAAGAAGGGAUGUGAGAUGACCACAAUGUUAUUAAAAGUAAAUGAGUCCCAGAGUUUUUACCUGGACUUUAAAAUAAAUCUGAGUUAUGGAGGAAAAUUGAGAAAGAAUUACUUUUUCCAGACGUCUUUUUUUUUUUUUUAGUGAAGAUAGAACUUCAAUGCUGCAUGUAUAUAACAGAACAUGAUCCCUUUCAAGCCAACAAUAAUAGUUUACAUAAUUAUGUUUGGAAGGGACCUGAUUUUGUUAACAUGAACUCAGUCAUAAGGCACCAAUCCUGAAAUCAUGAACCCAUCCUUAUUCAUUCUUUCUUUCCUUUCAGCAAUUACUGUUCAUAAGGAUUAUUUUGAUACUUCUGUAAAUGGUACAAUUCCUUCUGCAUGGUUGCCUGUGUUAGCUUGACCACUAGUUUCAAAUGUUGCCGGGUAAAUCCAGAAUCAAAAGAGUCAUUUUUCAAUAUAGUUCUUCAAUAUGUCCUUUCUAAAAUGAAUCAUGAAAUAUGUUUUGAAUUUCAUAUGAACUAGGAUUGAUUAGAUCCACCAUUAUAGUUUCUUAAGCUACAGCCUGAUUGUUUUCAGGAAGUAAAAGGAAAAAAAAAUGUUAAUAAUAGCUAUUAAAAUUGGUUAAAUUUAUUUUAGUAUAUUCUGAAAAAUAAAUGUGAAGCUAUCAUGAAAUAUGAAAGCAUUACCUUUACUAUCUCUAUCUGAGAAUGUAUUAAUAGGCAUUCCUGAUUGAGACAAUUAGAAUUAAAUAUUAUAGACCAGCGGUUCUCAACCUGUGGGUCACAACCUACAGGAACUGUAUUAAAGGGCCGCGGCAUUAGGAAGGUUGAGAACCACCAUUAUAGACCAAGUUUUUCUGGUUCAUAUUGUCUGUGGUGCAAAAUGCAUUUGAAACAGGUGGUCCUCUAUUUUAAUGAGAUGUGUAAGUGCAUAACAUACCUACAUGACUGUGAUUUAUGUCAGCUGUACCCUGUAAGGCGACAAGCAGAAUGACUGUGUGGCUAUUCAUGAAAAGUUAAGUUUGGAAACCUUUUCCUACUUUUCACCAAAAAAAAAAAAAAAAUUAAACGCAAUAAAAACUGUAUUGCUUGUUUUUCAGAGAACAAGAACUUAGUCAGGAAACAACAAAGAAUUCAUUUUAAACUUACUGUAACACCAGUGUGUCUGAGUGUCACUUCUGUUAGUAUAGACAGAUGUAAACACAGAUUUCUUCCCUCCACCUGCAAUGGAUUUAUAGUUGUAUCUAUAUAACCAGUGGAAGAAUUUCUUGGCCAGUACAUCAACUUAGCCUAUUCAGAUGGCAGCAAGAUCAGUAUUUCUGGGUCCUUGGAGAAUCAUUUGUAAUAAAUUAACCUCAUUGGCUUGUCUCAGAUGUUAUGCCCACAAUGGUCUCAGACCAUUCUGAUAGCCUGCACACUGAAGCCAUCUCUCCAAAGCCUCUUCUAAUGUAGCACAAGUGUGAAUAAAUCCUCUACUUGAAUCUCUGUCUCCUCUCUGAGGUUACUUAUGGAAGCAAGAGAGGGACUGAAAUAUUUAAGAAGUAGGAAAGAAUGUUCAAUAUGUUUCACUGUAUGAGCAAAUGAGUCAAGUUGAUGCCUUUAAAACAUUUCUUUUGAACAUUUUGUGGAGUUGGAAGAUUGAGUUUGAUGAGUCUAUUCUAAAUCACUUAGAAUUUAAUAACAUUUCUAUGGGACAAUUUACAAAGGUAAGUUGGUUUGGGCAUGGGCUGCAAAAUAUCCAUAAUGAGGUUGUAAAGCAAUAAAUGAUGUUUUUGUGAAAAAAUGGUGAUUCUUAUUUGCAUAUCUCUGCUAGUAAGAAUUCAGAUGACAAAAUAUGUACUAUUAUUGAUCACAGUGUAUGCUAGGCCUCGUGCUGGGUGCUUUACCUGGUAUUUUACUAUCGUCACAAAAACAUAUUUUUUUCAAGCAAAAAAACUAAGGCAGAGAAGCUAAGGAAUUCAUCCAAGGCCACAGAACCACAAGUGUAGAAUCAGAAUUUGAAGCCACGUUUUCUAAAGUCUAUGUCUUACCCCUUCCCUGUACUGCGUGAUCUUUCACCCUCAUAGGUAAAACUGAUAUUUUACAUGUUCUUAUCACAAAGUUUUGAUUCUACAAUUAAGACACAGAAGUUUCUGUUUAAAAUGACAUGUGGAAUGACUAUAACAUGCCCCUCCCCACUGGUAGCAGGUCUGUUCUUACCAUGCUCUUUACAUGGGUAUGGAAUGGUCUUGUAAAUGCUAGCUAAAACACUUGUUGUAACACUAAUUAAAACAUUAGUUAUAACACUAGCUAUAACACUUGGGUUGCUUUUGGCCGGUGUUCUUAAAACAUCUGAUUUUAGCUAAGAGAUUUUUCAAUGCAGCUAUAUCGUUUAAUUUUUGAAGAUUGUUAAAUGGUUUGUGGUUUUCGACAAGGCUUCUUUUUUUAUGCAGUUAACUUACUUUACAAUGUGCACCUAUCUCAAAAUAUAGGUAAAUAUGUGUGUAUACAUAUAUUCAAUAACAUUAAUUUUGCAACAGAAUCAAAUAUAUUAUGGAAAACAAUGCUUCCAACAGUCCUGAGUAGCAGGUAACCUUUAUACUCCCUGUAAUGAAAAUUUCUAACUACUAAAGAAUUUAUAUUAGUUCCAGUAAAAACAGUUAUCCUUGUAACUAAGACAGUUCAGUUAUCUUACCAGAAUCCACAAGUUAGGUAAGACUACUUACCUAGGUUAUGACUAUUGGGGUUUUGUUUCCUUUUAUCCCUUUACCUCUGUCUUUGUAUGGCACGUAGAGGGAGAGAAGGGUGCAGUUAGAGCCCCUCCUUCCCUGGAGGCCUAAAUUAAAGAGCCAAGUUGCACAGUGGAGGAUUUCUUAGUUGACUUGUCAUGCAGAAACAGUCUUAGAUUGCCCCCAGAUUUAAAGCAGGUUUGAAACAAGAUGUUUAAAGGAGCAGAUGAUGUAUACAGAUAUUCAGUGCCAAUAAAAGUAUCUUGGAGACUUCUUAAACUUUUUUUAAAAAAAUAUGCUUAAUCCAUUAUCAAAAUAAUGAUUGCCUUUCUUUCAUGGUAAUAUAUGCAUCAUAUAAAGUUAGGAUGACUUGCCAUUUCAGAUUUAAAAUAUAUACAGAGGGUGCCAAAAAAUGUAUACACAUUUUGAGAGAUGUUAUCUAUGUAUUAGUUUCUGAAAAUGAAUUGAAAGUACCAUUACUGGUCCAGAAUUGAAAGUACCAAUACUGCUAUGCACAUCCAUUUUACUUGCAAUUCGUACACUUUUGGGAAAUGAUAGAUUUUGCUUCCAACAAGAUCUCUUUAAAUGUGUAUACUUCUGGCACCCCCUGAAUUACUAAGUGACUUCAAUGACAUUGUUUUGAAGAACAUUUAAAUUUCUACCUUGAUUGUAUGCCUGGUGUAAUAAACAGA